UAACCCUUUCCAUAAGGACCCAACUAGAAGUACCAUUCUUCGGCCCAAGUUUGAAGCCAGCUAAACUGGUUUGGCCCAAUCCAUCUUCUUUUAUUAUCCAGACCCAAUUAACUUGGCGGGAACAAGGCGCUAAGGGCUGGCUAACGCUAAACCUCCUGUCUUCCCGUCUACGACACUUCAGAUCAGUGCAGGCAAUUGAUCGAACACUUGAACGGCGACUCAGAAACCUCAAUCCCAAAGGCCAACUUGACGAAUAAAGAUCUCGUGAGUUUUCCAUUCUCUACAUUUGUUUUCAUGCCCUUAGGGCUGUUAAUGAGCCGAGUCGAGCCGAGCUUUGCCAUAGUUCGGGCUCGGCUCGUUAAUAUAUUUUCAGGCUCGAGCUCGGCUCGUGUUCGUCACGAGCUUUAAUAUGCAAGCUCGAGCUCGGCUCGUUUAUGAAAAUGAAAGCUCGAGCUCGACUCGAGCUCGGCUCGUCAAAUAAGUUUAACGAGCCCAAAUUCGUGUUCAGCUCAUAAAAUGUUCAUGAUAGCUCAAGAUUGACCUAGAACUGCGGACAAAAUUACAUUCUAACCUGUAACAAAGUCUAGCAAAGUAAAACACAAUAUUUAUCCCAAUUUCAAUACAUAAAAUCCAUGAAUUCUAAUCCUUUUUUUAUGUCAAACCAUUAAAUGAGCUUGUUCGCGAGCUUUCGAGCUGAACAUGGUAUGGCUCGAGUUUGGCUCGUUUAGUUAACGAGCUUGUUCGCGAGCCGGCUCGAUUAAAACGAAUCGAGUGUCGAACGAGUUUUUCUCGAGUCGCACACCGAGCCGUUCAUGAGCGGCUUGGUUCAUUAACAGCCCUACAUGCCCUUGGUGCUGGGUUUCUUUCAUUACGAUUUACCGUAAGCAAGCAAGCUUUCUUGCUUUGGAUGCAAUCUCGUGUUCGCGGUGGGUGGGCGGGUAGUUUCCGUCGAUUAUUUGAUUCGACCCAGCAUAGAGACAUUGUAAAGAUUUCAUCUUCAUAUCAUUUAAGGCCUAUUUGACACCAUAGGCUUGAAGGAGGGGCCUGUCCGUGGAAAUCAACGUUGGGAAUGAAUGUCGUUUCUUUCUGAAUUUUCUGCUAAUGGAAUGCAAUUUUGAUGCUGAAACUUGAACUAUUUUGAUGGCUGCAUUCAUAAGCCUUAUCAAUCAUGAUGAUUCAUUUACCCUCCGCUGGUCUCUGAUUGGGUUAUGAGUGAAGUCUACUUUUUUUGUCACAACUGAAUUUGCUAUAUUCGCUGUAGCUUACGCUUCUUAUGUUGAAUUAUCGUCAAUUGGGCUGUUGCAUUAGUAGAACAUGAUUAGCUAUGGAUGUAGGACUCUCCAAUGUGCUUGCUAUACAUAGUCGCGAAGUUUUAGUCUUGCUGUUAAAUGAAUACCAAGUUAACCUUAGACCCCAAAUGUGCAGUACUACCAACUCUCUAUCUGCACUUCACCAUUCUAUGCUUUGACCCUGUGUCAUAUUUUACCUUUCAUGCACUAAGAUUCUGCAUCUCCUUUUCACCUAUUUCAGCAUGCAAAUCAUUAGAAAGACAAUUCUGAGCCACAUUAGGGUGAGGGUAAAUCCUCAACAAUGGUUGCCUUAUCAGAGGGCUAUUGUGUUGAAGCAACUGCAAAUGCCAUUUUGUGCUGCUACAGGUGCAAUCCCUGAGCAGGUUAUGAACCGGGUGAUUGGACUGGUUAAGAAAUUUGAUAAAAUUGAUGCCAAUAAGGUUACUGAAAAUGCCGAUUUCCAGAAAGAUUUAUGCUUGGACAGUCUGGAUAGGGUGGAGCUUGUUAUGGCCUUCGAGGAGGAGUUCGCUAUUGAGAUCCCCGAUGAAGAUGCAAACAGACUCUGUUGCUGUGCUGAUGUUGCCAAAUACAUAUCUUCGAGCAACAGCGCAUAAAGAGAUCCAGCUUGCAAUUGCUUCUCAGUUUCACUACUUUGUUCUUGUAUGUUGUAUCUUCUAGUUUCACAACUAUGUGUUAGCCAUUCAUGGAUUAUAAUAAGAUCAGGAUUGUAAGAUUUUUUUGUCACACACAGUUCAUCAGUAGUGUCUCAUUUCCACACUUAAAUCAUGUGCAAACACUCAAUAUUUACAUACACACCGCAUCUAUGUUUCCUAUAUUGUGUAUCUUACAUACUUCACAGACAAUGAGAAAAAGGAACCUUGGAACUCCCAGCUGUGACUAGUAGCGCCAUCACAAGGAAUCCAAAAGGUCUGCCAUCCCAUCAUCUAUUUUGCAAUCUCUGUUUCAAUGUUAUGUCUGGUCUUAGAACAUGCUUGCAGAGGUUUAGAAGCUGAAUGCAGGAACGUUAUCUUCCCAGCAGAGUAAUUUCGGAUGCCAUUGCCAACAGAGGACAACUCCAAGGCCUUGUGUUUCUGGACAUAAGCUGGUCUGCAAAUUGUCUUCUUUGGCAUCCUAAGAACGUUAACACAACAUGUCUUGUCCAUUUCAGGUAUGCCAUGGAGCUCCGAAGGAAGAUCGAUCGCGAAAUCUCCGAAUUCGUCUGUCAAGGUUUGUACAGAAGCCGAUCUCCUGUUGUUCCCUCUGGUUAGGCAGUUGACAGCCACCAAAGCACCUGCAGAAAUGAUGAAUUGAUUAAAUUACUGAUUAAAUGUUGCAUUAUUAUUGGUAAUGACUGCACUUUUUUUAUUCAUUCAGUAGGGGGUGAAUUGAAAUCGAUUAGUGAUGUAAAGUUAUCAUUUAUGUUCUAGCUCUUUUUCUAUGAUUUAAAUGGGAAUUUACUUAUGUAUUAAUCUAUAAAGGGAGAAAUAGAUCUUUGAGCAAAUUUAUGGUGAGAUGUAACUGUGUUGAUGUGGGCUUUUGGUCUUAAAGCUGGGAAUUAGGCUUGAAUCCAAAGGAAUUAGAGCCAUCAAAAUCAGAUUGGCCUUGGAUUUAUAAGGUGACAUGACAUCAAAUAGUGGUCAUAUCUUUUAUUAUUGCAUCGAUUCGAUCUCUAAUUGUAUUUGAGAAUGAUGAUAUUUAUUGUUGUGUCGAACUAAAAUAUGGCAUUGAAACCUUAAGAACAUAAUCGUAUAAUCUUUCUUUUUGUCCGACGUUUGGUUAUGUGACUCACCAUACAUUAGAUGACUCAAUUAGCAACCAUGGAGCAAUAAGUCUCUCCUAACAAAACUCUUUCUUCUAAGUGUGCUUGUUGUAUAAUAUUGAACAAACAAAAGAUUGUCUAUUAGGUCAUCUCUUUUGGUAGGUAAGAAAAUAAUAGAUGUUGUAUCAAUUGGGUAAUGCUUUAGAGCUACCUAUUAAUCUACCCAAGCUUAAAUGGCAAACUUCUUUUCUUCUUCUUCUUCUUCUUCUUCUUUCAUUGCUUCAAACCACAGUUCUUAACAUGCAAGUCACAAAGAAGCCCUAAAAAAACUAAUAAAAAAGUAAGAGAAAGUGAAGAGAUGUACAAUUCAUAAGGCACAACGACAUGCAUCCUAAUAUUAUAUGGACACAUUUGUUUUACAGAACAAAUCUUACUCUCAUCAAGAAAAUUUUUAGUUUAUGUAUACUUGAUAUGAUCAUUAGACACUUAUUUCAUUCGAGAAUGAUUCUAAAGAAGAAUUCUCGCUGGAACAAUUUUAUCGUGAAUCGAACACAACUUAUUAUUGGAGAAUUUGAAUAUAUGUACAUCACACGA